GUAAGGAUGAGGAUAUCAUGAUAAUGAUCGUGUGGAUUGGAUUUGAUGGAUAUGAAGUUUUGCUCGACCAACACAUUUCUUUUACUUAUGUGUUAACUCUUCAUCACCAUAAUUCUUUUACUUGCAUAUUCAAACACAAAUAAAAUGUUCUUCCUCCAUUCUCUUCACCACCCCCAAACCCCAUCUUAUUAUUCUCUAUCUAAUUCAUCAAACACACUCACCCCUAACCGUUACCCUAACAGAAACGGUUACAUCAAGUUCCGAACAACUCACCAUGAAAAUCUCCGUUACCUAAAAUCACUAACCAUAAUCCACCCCGACACCAAACCCAACAACCUCCCUCUCCCCGACGCCGUCGACCACAUCCUCACCACCGUCACUUUCUUCAAAUCGCAUUCCUUCUCCGACGCCGACAUCCCCCGUCUCGUCCACCACUCUCCCCGCCUCUUCUCCACCUCCUUCAACCCCGCCGAAAUCUCCCCCGUCUUCAUCUUCCUCUCCGACGACCUCCUUGCCACCGCUGAAGAAUCCCGCGGCCUCAUCCUCCGUUGCCCUAAGCUCCUCUUCACCGAUCCCAACCACAUCCUAAAACCGACGCUCAACUUCCUCCGGGAAAUCGGUAUCCGCGGAUUAAACCGGCCGUCUAACCGAAACGCGCAUCUGUUAAACACGCGCGUGGAGAAGCUGCGACUGAGGGUGAGAUUCAUGGAGGAGGUGGUGGGGUUUUCUUACGAGGAAGCGACUAACGCGUGUGCGAGGUUGCCGGCGAUAUUGGGAUACGACGUGGAGAAUAAUUUGUGGCCGAAAUUUGUGUAUUUGGUAAAGGAGAUGGAGAGGGAUUUGGAGGAGUUGAAGAAGUUUCCUCAGUAUUUUGGGUUUAGUUUAGAGAAGAGGAUUGUUCCAAGGCAUUUGCAUUUGAAGGAAAGAGGUGUUAGGAUUCCAUUGAAUAGAAUGUUGAUGUGGGGUGAUGACAAAUUCUAUGCCAAGUGGAAAUGAAGUGAAUCAUCAUCACCAUCACUCAAAUUAUCAAAAGAAAGUUGCACCCUAGAAUUUUGCACUAAUAGAUAUUCUUACAUAAUUUUGACAAUAAUAGAUCAUUUGACUUUUCA